AUGGCCACGUUGGAGAGAAAACAGAUGGUUUUGACAACGUACAUGGCGGUUUUGGCUAUGGAGAACGGAAUGAAGAUGGCAACCGCAUCCUUAAGUUUGCUGAAAGUUACGGCUUCCAAUACUGGAAAACUCAAAGGAGUUUGCACUCUUCUAGAAAAAGCCAUGGGACGUAAUUUAUUAUGGAUGGCUUGCCGUCAUCAUAUGUUUGAAGUGUUGCUUGCCGAUGUAUUCAAUGUUUGUCUUGGACCAUUCACUGGACCAGAAAUUUUAUUUUUCAAAAGGUUUCGUGAAAAAUGGACAGAAAUGAAUCACACACCAGAAGCCAGAUCAACCCCUUUGAUAAUUGUUUCAGAUGCAAUUAAAGCAUUCAUCAAAUGUCAACUUGAGGUCAGACAUUCACGAGAUGACUAUUUAGAGUUUCUACUUCUUGCUGCACAAAUAGUUGGGCUGCAGCGUUUGCAUGACUACGACGAUGCAAUUCUUGGUUCAACUGGAUUAAAAAUGAUGCUGCGUCAUUCUUGGUACAUGAGUCCAGAAUUGGCAACUCUUGCUCUUUUUUCAUCUCUCCUGUCUGACAAAGAAAAAACUGAUCUUGUCCGCAUAAUACAAGCAGAUCGAGGCCCACAUCUGAUGAAAACACUACCACAAAGUUUUGACAAUUUGCGUACGUCAAAAACAUUUUUAAAAACAUCCAAUAUUGAUGCCAAUUUUCUUGAUGUACCUGUUGAAAACUGGUCAGAUAUUCUUUUUCCAAGUUGCAGCAGUGUUUGUAAGGAAUCUGGUUUGCAUCAAUGA